AUGCUGCACAUCACUCAGCUUUCGGGGGAAGAGCUGGCAAGAAUUCCAGUUGCGGAGAUAGAGGAUGUCAGGUCCUUGAAGCUGCGAUUGCAUCAGCGGCACGGCUUGCCGACACGCUUUAGGCAAAAGCUGGUGCACGAGGGGCGAAAUUUGGACGAUGACGAGAAGCUGGACACUGCGAUGGAUCUCACGGUUCUUGUGCUUGCCUUCGUCGAACCUCCCGUACGUCCACCGCGACUAGGCCUCAACGGCGAACCGAUGGAUAACCUUUAUCCGAAAGAGAUCCUCACCGACGCCUCCGUCAACGGCGAUGUGGACGAGGUGGAGGAGCUACUCUCCCUCCCCUUGGACCCCAAUGUGCCCGGCGUCAUCGGCCCGCCCUUGAUGCGGGCAUCGGAAUACGGCCGCAUUCAGACUGUGCAAAAGCUUCUGGAGUCUGAUGUUCAGUUGGACCUGCGUGGCGGAAGAGAGGGCUGGACAGCCCUCACGCAUGCUUCUUGGCGCGAGCGCGUGGAGAUCUGCAGGUUACUGCUGCAGGCUCGGGCUCAGGUAGACUUGCCCCGCGCCGACGGUUCCACAGCCCUGAUGUGCGGAAACGGAGCUGCGCGACAGUCAGGGUCGCAGGGCCUUUGA